UUAACGAAAGAUUACCCGACGAUUUAACAGUCGUUUUCAAAACAGGCCGAAAAACAUUUUUGAAAACCCGACCUGCAACGCAGCGAGUUCGGAAAGACGUCAUACUUUUCGGUAAUUGUUAAGCCAAAUUAGGAGAUACCAAUUAGUAGGAAAGAGUCUUCGUCGACUCUGUGAUACAGCUGACACGAUCAUUAGUCUUAGAAAUAUUCUGGGAGCAUCAUAAAGCAUCACCAACUGUCACCACAAGCAUAGAAUCGCGCCGAGUUGCCAAGCAUACGGACACCAAUCGGAGUCUCACAGGACUUGUUUAUUCACGAAUUUAAAGUUAAAAAAGAUAGGAAACAGGCUCAAAAACAUUGGCAGAAUUCUCAUCAUAGGCUUCCACCGACGUCCGUCAUACUUGUUACUGAAAUACUCAGGUACCUUAAUCAGUUACUGUAAAAUAAAAAAAAUAUCCAUUACAAAAGUGGAAACAAGCAACACUGGAGCAUGAAGGAUGUUGUGAUUCCUGGCUGCCACUUUCCAGUACUCUUUCCAGUAUUUAAAGGGGGUAAGGAAACCCAGGAAGGCAUGUUUAUCUUGGACUUAGAGAAGGCAGCAGCUUGGAUCGAGACUAUUUCUGUUGAGAGAUUCCCCGUGUCGCCAUCUACCAUGUUUCCUUGGGUACUCGGUUCCAACCUCCAACCCGCCCCGCUGUUCUUCAGUGUGAGCCAUCAGAUCGUGAUUCCAGAUCCACUGACAAUGGAUUUUUCGUACCUAAAUCCCAUUCAGAUUCCCACCAGCGCCUUUAACCUCUUUCAUUACACCACAACUGGAAGGCCAUGUCAGUUUGAUCCCUCAUUGGCCGUUAGCACUUACCAACCAAACGCUCUUCAAGUUAGCAACAUUCAUCCAAACUACGCUACUUACAUCCUUCAAAUUGUAGGUCUCAGUCAGGCUUUUGUCCCUAAUCCUGGAUAUGAAUUAAUGAAGAUAAGGGCGGCCCUUGAAGCAAAUGAGGAGAGGAAGCUUUACUUCCCUGCUGCCCUGAAAAUGAACUUUACAGAGAAGAGGGAUUGGGCCAUUCGACUCACCGAUGCUCACAGGGAUUUCGAAGUUACAUUUAUGGAAGGAGUUUCGCGGCCGUUCAUCACUGUCAGAGGAGAGGCUGCUGUGGAUUUCCUGACAACUGAAGGUUUUGAAGAGGUCGUCAUGGAUAAGAUCAAGCAGAACUUCGCUUCCAACAAGAUUAUCGUCUUUGAUGUUCCAACACACAUCGACCACAUGUCUCUUAAAUUUGGAAAAAAUAUUUUUUGGGUCAAGCGAAGAUACGUCAAGCGCCAGCCAAGACCCCAGCUCAUCGUUUCCCUCAAAGGAUCCAUCCCCGACAAGUUUUACGUGCCAACUCUCGGCUACAGGUCAAUUGCUGUAGUCACUAACCUUCCCUUGUUCUGCCUCGGCUGUUCCAGGUGGGGUCAUUUCAAAGAUGAAUGCAACGAAGAAGCCUACCGCUGCAGGUUCUGUGCCGGCGACCACAAUUCCCUGGAAUGUCUCGCCAAGAUCAAGAUGAACAUACACAUUCCACCUCGUUGUUGCAACUGCGGUGAGGAGCACAACGCCAACUCGGAUAAAUGCAGGAUGAGGCCUCAUACGACAUUUAAAAUGAUCACCCAUCCACCUGCUGAUGAGACGAUUCGUAACUGUGAGUCAAUAGCUGCUACUGCUGAUUGUGCUGCUGCUGCCGCUGCCUCUGCACUGGCAAUCGAAAGAGACCAGAUCAGAAUUGCCUUACUGCAGAAGGCAAUGGUGGAGAUCGAAAUGCUGAGGCUGUUGGUGCUCGAGUUAAGGAAUCGGAAUGCAUUCCUGCUGCGGAAUGACAUACGUCGCUGUAGUGAAAAUGGCAGCGGCGGGGCCAAGGGUAUUUGCCCUCCAGGCACUAACAAGAAAUUCUUAUAGAAGAUUGGCAAAAGCGAGCAAAGGUGUCAGGAGGUUAUGGUCUCAAUGUGUUUUUGAUAUAUCUUACUAGUUGAUUCGGGUGCUGCAAAAUAGUACACUAUGUACUUGGUUAAGUUACUGUGGUAAAAUCAGUUUUAUUUUGUAACCAGAAAGGAACACUUGAGCCAAUAAAAUUUAAAUGCACCACUAACACUAGUCUUAAGAUGAUCAUGUUUAAAGGUCACUUACAUAUAUAUAUUUCAGUUUAGCAGAUACUUCUAGUAUAUGGAUUUUAUGUUUAUUGUUUAAUCGUACAAUUAAAGACCAUUUAUUCUGCUACCUGGUAGAUUUAACGUGUGAAACUAGCUUUAUACAUAGAGAUUAAGCUUAUAACAAUAGAAGUUGUAGAACAGUUUUAAAUAUAAUCCUAAUGACUAUGCCAGUAUUACACUGUAUUACAGAUAUUUUCCAACUCUCAUGCCGAGUCUUUAGAAAUAAGAUUGCAUUUUACUUGGCAAAGGUGCUCAAAUUAUGUUCAGUUCGUCUUAACUUCUCAAAUUAAAUCUUUUGGUCCAUUCAUUCUUUACUUCUUAACUUCAGUAAAGAACUGUCAUAUCAACCUUAUGUUAAUCCAGGUCUUCAAUUUUAUGUGCUAUUGCUAUUCAGUUGUGCCAUGUAACCUGUGAGAUUUCAACCUUUCUGCUGUUUGUGGUCAAUAAAA